CUAAGAAGGUUGUGAAAUCCUUGUUAAUUUGGUUUGUUGUUUUUGUUUUUCAUUUGUUCUAUAUUCUUGUAUUCAGAUCUGCAUCUUUAGCUGUGUGUCUGAUUGGGGUAUGAGAUUAGAGAAGGAAUUAGAGAGAUGACAUGGUGUGUGGAGAACAAGAACAAUAAUAUCACUAGUGGUGCUACAACAUCUUCUUCUUCAACAACAGAGUUUGAUAGUAAGAGAUCAGAUGAAAGCACUUCAACAACAUGUCCUUCUUGUGGCCAAAUUAUCAAAGAUCAACAGGAUAAGAAUGCAGGAAUUUCAGACUUAAAAGGGGUGCCUGCUGGAGUGAAGUUUGAUCCAAGUGAUCAGGAGUUGCUUGAGCAUCUUGAAGCAAAAACAAGACCAGAAGCUCAAAAAAAACUUCAUCCUCUAAUUGAUCAAUUCAUUCCAACAAUUGAAGGAGAGAAUGGCAUUUGCUAUACCCAUCCUGAGAACCUCCCAGGUGUGAGCAAAGAUGGUCUUAUCCGGCACUUCUUUCAUCGUCCAUCCAAGGCCUACACAACAGGAACAAGAAAAAGGAGAAAAGUGCACACAGAUGAACAAGGAGAUGAGACAAGGUGGCACAAAACAGGCAAAACAAGACCAGUGUUCAUCAAUGGCAAAUUGAAGGGAUACAAGAAGAUACUAGUCCUUUAUAUAAAUUACGGAAGAAACCGAAAACCUGAAAAAACUAACUGGGUGAUGCACCAGUAUCACCUUGGCUUCGACGAAGACGAGAAAGACGGCGAGCUCAUUGUUUCCAAAGUGUUUUACCAGACUCAGCCUAGACAAUGUGGUUCAGUGAACAAGGAUCUGCUCAUCCCUGUGAAUGCAAAUGGUGUCAAUGAGGUGGAUAAGGUUAUCCACAAGAGUGGUAACUUUGUUGAUUACUAUAAUUCAUCAGUUGUAGGAUAUAACCAGGGAGUGGAUAAUAGAGUGAGUUCAGCUCACCAAGUGCUUUCUAACUUUGCUGUGCAUGCUCAUGGUUCUUCUUCAUUCCUUGUGAAUGAGAAUUAGUUUUAGUCUUGACUAUUUUACAUGCAUGUACAGAUAUAGUGAGCGAUUGAGGAAAGGAGCAGUUUGGGGAAUGAUAGAGUUUGUUUUUUUUCUUUUUCUUUUCUUACAACAUAUUGAUUGUAAAUUUCCAAAUGGUGCUUUUAUAUUGACAUAAUGUAAUGAUUUCUUUUUCGUGUUAUUUUA